UAUUUAGGCUGAAAUGUAUGAUCUCAUAACAUACCUAUAUUCUUGGUUUUCCUCAUUAAUGAUAUAAGAAAUAUUCUCAAAAUAUUCAUUUUAAUAUAGAAUAUCAAAUUUGAAAGUAUAGAUCGUCAUAAAAUUGAAUUUCUAAUUUAACAAAUUCUGAUCAAGUAGGUUUCAAUUUUUCUGGUAGCCAUUGCUGUGACGUCUGUAUUCUUCCUUGUGUAUCCGGUUCUGUAAUGCGAUGGGUCCUAAACCGAAACCUGCAGGCGACAAAUCCGGCGCGAAAGCCGAGAAAAAAUCAGAAAAGCCGAAAAAUGAAAAGAAGCCGGCGACUGCUCCGGCCGCUGCCGGUGGAAGUUCUGCGGCUGGCUCGUCUGGAGCUGCAGCUCCCAAGGCUGCAAAAGCUCCUGCAGCUGCUGCCGCGAAACCAGCGGCUGCGAAAGGCGCUGCGAAGCCCGCUGCAUCUAAAUCAGCAACAGCUGCAUCUGCUAAGGUGUCUGCAAAGCCUGGGCCAGGGAAGUCUGCUCCUGCUGCGAAGGGAGCUGCUAAGGGAGCAGCGCCUGCGGGAAAGUCAGCGAAGAAGGGAGCAGCAGCAACAGCCAAGGGCGCAGCAGCCGGCAAGGGAAAGCCAGCAGCCAAGGGCGCAUCGAAGCCGGCCGCCGCUGGCAAGAAGCCAGUGGUCAAAACCGUCAAGAAGGUCGACAAGCCAAAGCGCGGUGUGGACCCCAAGUCACAGAAGGGCGGCAAGGUCGUGAAGGUCCAGACUCCCGUCAAGAAGGCCCUCAAAAUCAAAAUGAAGGCCGCAGUUGAUCCAGUUGUGAAAUGUGUUGAAGAAUUGAUAGCCAAAGAUUUCGUGGUCAUUUUUUCAAAGACAAGAUGCCCUGCCUGCAAGUUAGCAAAGGAUAUAUUCAAAGAAUUGAAGGAAAAGUUCACUGCCAUUGAGCUUGAUAAGAGGCAUGACGGUGAUGCGAUUAUGAAUGUGCUAUGCAAGAUGACCGGCGCGAGGACUGUGCCGAGGGUGUUUGUCGACGGGGAGUGUAUUGGCGGGGGAAGUGAUGUGCAGCGCAUGUACCGAACUGGCGAAUUGGAAGAACUUCUCUACGAAGACUGCGAAGAUUGAUUCAAAAUUAAAUACAAAUAAUAGUAGAUUUGCUAAAAUGGAAGUGUUUUAUAUAAAGUCGAAUACUAAAAGAUAUUGAAAAUUGUCAAACAAAAUUUUUCAAGAUAAUGAUAUUGAGAAUUUUAUAGCAUGACAUACAUUAUCCAAUUUAGGUUAGAUCGAAGAUGAAAUAAUUUGAAAGUAAAUUUAUUUAUUGAAUCAAAUGAAUUCAAGUUAAGAUCAGAAAAUUGAAGUGUUUUAUAAAGUCAACUAUGAAAAGAUAUAAAAAUUGUGAACAAAAUUUUUCAAGGUAAUGGUAGUUGGAAAUUAGCAUGGAAUACAUCACCACCCACACCUAGGUUAGAUCGAAGAUUAAAUCAUAUUUGAAAGUAAAUCUACUCAUUGAAUCAAAAUUAUUGAUUUUUUUAUAAUGUUGACAAAGAAAUCAUUGAAAAUUGUCAAACAAUUGUUUU